AUGGACGACCUCUCCGGCCUUGACUGGUCUCAGAAUUCGAGCUCCCAGAAAUCUGUGCCGGCAAACACUCUCUCGAGCAUGUCCACUCUGCGUCCUGCGCCCCCUUUGUCUGGCCGCUCAAGCCCAUUCUCUUCACAACCUGCUGUGAACCGAGCCCUUCCUUCGAAGACAGUGACACCUUCUAAUGACAGCUUUGCGAACCUAUUGAAUUUCCCGUCCAGCAACUCGACUAAGAACCUCUCCCUAGCGGAAAGGCAGAAACAGCUGACGGAACAAAAGGCACGUGAGGAGCGGGAGAGGCAGGAGAAACUGAAGGCACAAUACGGAGGGGCCAAUGAUCAGAUAUGGGAUAGCCUAGAGAAGUCCAGGAUAGCGCACAGUGCUCCUUCGGCUCAUCGUGGCGGGGUAAAUAGCACCGGUGGCGAGGACGAGGACGAUUUACUAGCUGCUUUCAAUGCGUCUACGCCUGUUGAUCAAUCUACCAAUUUCCCUAUACCAAGUGCCUCUUCUCCUUCAUUCCAAGACUGGACAAAAUCUCAAUCCCCCGCCGCAGCUACUACUGUAACUGAGGACGAUGAUCCAUUUGGGAUGGCUGAGUUCAGUGCAAGCCGCCAAAAGCUAGAGACUCCAUCUACAAAGGCGGCUGCACCAGAUGAUGACGAUGAUGUUCUGGGUGUUCUUGCAAAACCGGUAUCCGAAUUUCCAAAGCGUCAAACGACAAGCCCGGGCCUCGAAAUUCAUGAAGAGCCCGAAGCGGGACCAUCAUGCCACACACCAGAAGAUAGAGCUAUCGCGGAAUUAGUCGACAUGGGAUUCCCUAUUCAUAAAGCGCGAGAAGCUCUUGCCGAGACUUCGUCGGGGACAGACGUCCAGCAGGCCGUUAGCUGGCUACUCAAUCAGGCUCAUAGCGAGGCCAAAGAGAAGGCACAGAGUAGAAGCCGUACUGGGGAUCAAGACAGGUCACCCGAUCCGGCGAUGUCUCGACGAUCAAGAAGGGAGAAUGACGGCUACAACUCAUCCCGGGAUCGGUCUUCUAACAAUGGCGGCCCUAGAGAAAAAGAUCCCGCUCAGCUGGCCUCCGAAUUUGGAAACACUCUCUUCAAGUCAGCCAACUCACUCUGGAAAACUGGGACUAAGCGGGUUCAACAGGCCGUUCAAGAAUUCAACAAUCCCCAAGACAAUUCAACGCAGCCUCGCUGGAUGAGGGAGAACACGCCAAAUCCUUCGAGAAGCAGGGAAAGAAGGGUGGAGGCCCGACGUGAAUCCCCCCAAGAAUCACAGGCGGAAACCAUGACGAACGAAGCUAUGAUGCUUGAAACCUCCAGAGAGCUACCUACUCCGACUUCACGUCCCCGAGAUAGAGAGCCCUUAGAGACACCCAACCAGCCUAGCUCACGAGGCAGACCAUCGGAAAUCCCUUCAAAGCUCCGUUUUCAACAGGAGGACAAUCGAAGGAAGCAAAUACAGCGGCCAUUGCAUCAAAAUGAUACUAAUAAACAGCGGACACUCUCACGGUUCGAUGUGGACGAACAAGCAUCGCAGGCAUAUGUCAGCCCUGCGAGGAGAAGGAAAGCUGCCUCUUCGGUUCCUCCAAGCGCGCCAGAACCAGACUUGUUGCAGACCCCGUCCCUGCCCACUAGGCCUACUCGGCCAGCUACAACAUCCCCUGCCAGGCAGACACGCACUCCCGCCCCGGUACGACCAAAGGCAGCUCCAAGGGCGGUUCCCCAAAUCUCAGCUACAUCUUUAUCAUCUAUACACAGUCACCGGCAGAAAGGAACGGAAGCUUACAAGCGAGGGGACUACGCUGUUGCACACACCUCAUACUCUAGUGCCAUAUCUUUAACACCUAAUGACCACCCCAUCCUUAUUAUUCUACUUACCAACCGUGCCUUGACUGGUUUAAAAACGGGCGAACCCAAAAAUGCUAUAAGUGAUGCGGAUCGUGCCCUGUCCAUAAUUGGUCCCUCACACGGUGACUCGGAGACCAUUGAGCUGGGCAAUGGAGAGCCAACCAAGGAUAUGAGAGAAUUUUUCGGCAAGGCCCUGAUGAGAAAGGCUGAGGCAUUGGAGCAGCUUGAAAAGUGGAAAGAUGCGUCGGCAGUAUGGAGAGAAGCUAUUGAGUCUGGCCAUGGUGGAAAUACCAGUAUUCAGGGCCGAAACAGAUGCGAAAAAGCUGUCUCUAUCGGUCAAAAUGGCACUUUAUCAACGCCAACCAAGCCUGUUUUGGCUCCUGCUCGUCCCAAGCCAGCUUCUAGGCCUGCUGCACCCAAGUCGGUCUCGACCAAACCAGCCGAAGCAGUCACUCGCCUACGAGCCGCGAAUGAGGCUGCCGAUCGGUUAGAUAACGAAAAGUUCGACCUUGCUGACGCCGUCGAAGCAAAGCUUACAGCUUGGAAGGGAGGUAAACAGGAUAACCUGCGUGCGCUGCUAGCCAGUUUGGACACAGUUCUAUGGCCGGAAGCCGGAUGGAAGAAGAUCAGCAUGGCUGAGCUGAUUCUUCCUAACAAGGUGAAGAUUCAGUAUAUGAAGGGUAUUGCGAAAGUGCAUCCUGACAAGGUACGACGGACACUGAUUGUAUAA